AUGGAGCGGCAAGGCCCUUUUUUCUCAGCCAGGUGCCCAACCGAAAUCACCCUCGCAAUCUUCACCAGCUGCCAGUCCCUGCGCGAUGUGGCAGCCCUGAUCAUCACUAACCGGCACACGGCCGCCGUCUGGAACGAACACCAAGGACACAUCAUCCUUCACAUCGGCCGACUCACAAUCCCAGCCUUCGACCGCGCCCUCAUGGCCGCCCGAGCAAUAUCCAUAGUUCUCUGGCACCAAAUGCGCUGCAAGCUGCCUCCGCGUCUGCAUAUCCACGAACUAGACCCUUCCUACCAAAAGCCCAAUCCGGCCGAACUCGCUCAAGUCCUUGAUCUGCACCAUCUAGCACGGUGUCUCGAGGUGCGCUACCGCGACCCGGAAAUUAUCCUACUUACCCUGCCGCACGAUUACUCGCAGGAUUUUCAGAUCUGUGAGGAUAUCACGUCGGCGGGGGGCACGCAGCCGGAGGAUUUGGGGAAUCUAGAGGCGUGGAGGGAACGAGAGCCCCUGGAAGUGAUAUGGUUUCGUUCAUACGGUGAGGGAGGUGAUAUGCCGGAUUAUGGGGUCAAGCCGGAAAGGCAUGGGAGGAAGUAUGAGGAGGUGAAGAAAGGCGUAGAGGAGUUAGUGGGCUAUGGCAUGAAUGAGUGGCUGAAGGAGAAAGGUGAUCAUAAACGGGCGGCAGAGAGGAUUCUGAGCCAUCCUGCUUGGUUGAUGAGGGUUAAUUUAGGACUGCAGGAGCCACUGUUUGGGGAGUUUGCGGAUUGGUUUGUGAAGGUUACGUUAAAGGAUGAGGCGCGGAUUGAGAGGGCGAUGAGGCCGAGAGAUGGGUUGCCCAGGAUAAACGCGAAGCUCUUCAAUACGGGGCCGCAGACCUGGCCCGAGACGUCACCUUUGGGGGCAUAUUUCCGGAAUGGAACACCUGAGCAGGGCCGGCUGCUGUUUGGUUCUGUGCUGAGGGCAAUCCACAUGAUGCAAAUUGUGUUGCUACACCUUGAGAAACCUGAGUGGGUAGGAUGGUACGUCAAUCAGCUUGAACGGGCAAAGAGAAUACACGGGGACAAUCCACGCCCGGCAUUCCCUCCACGCAAGCUGCGCGCAACAACCAUCAUCGGCGCACGGGACUAUGAGCCGUGUGAGGUAUACAUGGAUGAAAAGCCAUCGACGCGGUAUCGGGUGCUAGCUGAGAAUACUGGGUCGGAAAUGCUUAGUGUGCAAGCCUUAUUGCUGCGGAUGAAUGAGCACCGGUACUUCCUACCAGAACAGGAGGGAAAAGAGGUGUGGAGGGAAGAGGGGAAGAAGAUCGAUUCGUUUGAUCCGACGUAUACACUGUGGUAUUUUAUCUUGGCCAGGGAGAUGGACGUACAUCUUGUGGAUGAGCCGGGGAAACAGAUGGGGGCACAUUGGGGACAUGUUCAGAGAGUUGGGGAUGCAAGGACCUAG